UUUCCAACGAGCUGGCGGGGGCGAAAGAUGGGGACGCCCGUCGGGUGGUCGCAGGCGGGUUCAGGAUCAGUGUGUCUCGCCUUCGAUCAACUGCGGGACGUGAUUGAGGCUCAGGAGGAACUGAUCCACCAGCUGAGGAACGUGAUGGUUCUCCAGGAUGAAAAUUUUGUCAGUAAAGAAGAGUUCCAGGCAGUGGAGAAAAAGCUGGUGGAAGAGAAAGCUGCCCAUGCCAAGACCAAGGUUCUCCUGGCCAAGGAAGAGGAGAAGUUGCAGUUUGCCCUCGGAGAUGUAGAGGUGCUGUCUAAACAGCUGGAGAAAGAGAAGCUGGCCUUUGAAAAGGCGCUCUCCAGUGCCAAGAGCAGAGCCCCACAGGAGUCCAGCAAGAAGGACCAGCUAAUCACCAAGUGCAAUGAAAUUGAGUCUCACGUUAUAAAGCAAGAAGAUAUACUUAAUGGCAAAGAGAAUGAGAUUAAGGAGUUGCAGCAAGUUAUCAGCCAGCAGAAAGAGAUCUUCAGGAAUCACAUGUCUGACUUUUGGAUCCAGAAGCAGCAGGAGAACUACAUGGCCCAGGUGCUGGACCAGAAGCAUAAGAAAGCCUCGGGGAUGCGUCAGACCUGGAGCCGCCAGUGUUCCAGGGAAAAAUAAAAUGGGCGUCUCCUUCCUGUUAUCUGGCUGUAAUGCCCAACCUCUGCCUUCUCUGCUGUGGUGGUCCCCAUCCUGACCCUUCCGAUCCCUGUGGGUACCUCCCUCAGGCCUCACAGUGGCCUGGACCCCAGGGAAGAGGUAGGGCGAAAGGCAAAAGACACUCUUUCCUUCUUCCCUGCCUGCCUUUUGGACCACCACCUGCCAGGCCACUGCUGUGUUCAGAACGGAUGCUCCUCGAGUCUCCAGCCCCUGCUACUCCCCUCCCUCCCUCCUUUGGGUAGUAGUGGGGGCCCAUGGGGGUAUGGGGUUGUAGCCUAGGGAAGGACUACUUGGUUGUCUAGUAGGCACUGUCCCUUCUUACUCUUGGUAUUAAAUUCCUUCCUAUAUAAACAACCCUGGUUACCCCAGUGCCCUGGUAAAUUUAACUCUCCCAACUUGAA